AUGAUUAGUGAAAUAUGCGGCUUUCGAGAUGUUUUCCUGCCAGAAGUGGCUCAGCUGAUCCAGAGUCAUUCGCAAUCGCACUGCCUCUGGAGAUAUUGCUCGGUUCUUAAGCUGGUGCAGGACCUGGAACUAGCAGAAUCGCUUGGCACUGCCACGUAUCCGCUCUCCAAAGUGCUGUCGUGGUCUCGGGGCGAGAAUCCCAGGCUUGUGCAAGAUGGACAUCUUGCUGGGCCAUUCAUCGAGCUCAGAAUUGAUGCUCGCGGCAUUAAGAGCAUUGAAAGGAUGUCCAAAAUCCCAGCAAAUACUGGCGGCGAGGUGCCUGCCUCUUCUUUCGUGUUUGCAGUAGAGCCGGUUGAAAAGCUGUCGGAUGCCAAGAUAGAAUUUGAGCUCGGAAUGUGCCAUCUGCACGUUGAGCCAGAAAAUAUCAGCAUCUGGAGCACCCCAGCCAUUUCUCAGCACAAAGAAUUCGAAGUAUGGGAGAUGGGGCAAUACAAACGUCUGAAUUCCAUCAGUCUCAAUCCGAACUGCUGCACGGGAAUCUCCUUCUUCCUGCGUGAUCACUGCAUCAUUGACAUUCAUCCGCAUUCUACACGAUAUCCCCCAACUCAUGUCGAAAAGUUCAAGUACAUGGAAGCCAUGUUCACUUCCCCUGCUCCUGACGGUGUUGAAUGGAUCUACAUGCCGUUGACCGCUCGAGAUGAAAUCACCGCAAUCAGAGCCAGGACUCAGGUGACUCCAGAUACACCACACAACUUUACGUUCUAUACAAAGGCCGGAGGGAAGAUUGCGGUUGGUACUCCCUAUAAAGAAGGGCGCACACGACACGGGAACGGACAAGUACUGAAUCUAGGAAGAGACGAGGUAUACACGCUGGAAAAAGACUCGUGGCGACAUAUAAACCUCAUAUAUUCGAUCCCAGCCUCUGGUCUCAUGACUUUGAUCCGACCCGACGCCGAGAUCGUGAUUGACGGAAACGUGGAUGAGCAGAAUACUGUCAUUGCUAUCACUAUCUCGCCGACGAUAACGUCUCUCUACCCAGGCGCCGUCAGCUCCUCGCUUCUCCCCAAGGCUUUUUUCUCUUCCGCACCUCUAGAAGGCAUACUAAACGCGCACGUUUUCACUGUGGGCUGGAAAAAACUCUGCAAGGGCAUACUGAUAGAGUACGAAAACGGGUCCAAAAGAGCCCUGGGGCAGUGCCGCCUGGGCUUGGAUGAAGUCCAAAGCUGGCACAAGCCUCUCAGCAUGCAUUACGUGCCCGAGGAAUAUGGACGGACUGUCGGUGACCUAAUCAACGAGUCUCGUACGUCCAGAAGCGCUCAGGUUGCGUUUGAUUGCGAGAGUAGCCAUGUCACUGAGGAUGGCUCGCUGGAGGAGAAUUAUCAUGAGUUGAAGGGCUGUCUGAAUUUCUGGUUCACGUAUCAUGAAGUUGAACUACAGUUUGUAGAUUAG